CUCCCACCACCCCCUAUCUCCUCCCUCUAUUUCUCUGACAUAUACAUAUACAUAUACAUCUAUGUAUCUAUAUAUUCCACAGGCACAAACACCAUGCAAGUGUGUAACAGAUUGAAAACGAUGGAUUACCAACCCCAGAUCAUGCACAAGGGUCCCACUUCAAGACUCGUGAAAAAAGACGCAACAGUCGAUAACCCUCAUUAAUUCACCAAGGAGUUAGAAGAUCCAAGGUUGGGAUUCGAUCUAUUUCUUGAUCUUUUAUUAUUCAAUUUAAUAAACGAAUAAAAAACAUUACAAAAUCAACGUCAUACAUACCCUUCAUCUCUAUAUAAUUCACACAAUUUACAUUCACAAAACGCACAUCUUUGACUCUUAUUCUCCCCAACUUGUUUAUCAUUUCUCUCGUAAUUUUCACAACCCCAUCCUCCAUAUCCCUAACCAGUGGCCACCUUUCUUUAUCUUAAUCUUUCAAAAAGUGCUUCUAUUUGGCUGGUUUAUUUCUUGUCUUGACGUUUCUGAUUUUCGAUCUGGGUUUUCGAUUUUUGGAUCUUUUUACUCAAAGAUACAAUCUUUAUUGAUAAAUCAAGAAAGGGUUUUGAUUAGAUUUAGAUUUUAGAUUAGAUCCGAUUUGGGUUUUUAAGGCUUCUCUUUCAAUGGGAGCCUUGGAUGAGGGUCACUACAAUGCGGUGCUAGAAAAUGGAGUGAAGCUUGGUGGUUGUGGUUUCGAGCAAGAACCAGAGACUGUAGCCAUUGAAGAUGCUGUGAAGGUUUUGUUACAGGGUUUGGGUGAAGACAUCAACAGAGAAGGUCUUAGGAAGACCCCUCUUCGUGUUGCUAAAGCCCUUCGUGAAGGAACUAGAGGCUAUAAACAAAACGUGAAAGACAUAGUCCAAGGUGCGUUAUUCCCGGAAUUGGGAUUAGAAACCGGAAUUGGCCAUGCCGGAGGAGCCGGUGGACUUGUUCUUGUUAGAGAUCUCGAUCUCUACUCAUACUCCGAUAUCUUCACCAAACGCCUCCAAGAUCCACAACGGUUAGCAGACGAGAUUUGCAACGGUUUACAACACGAAAUCAACCCAACCGGUGUUGCUGUUGUUCUCCACUGCUCACACAUCCGCUUCCCCGAUUCCCAUUCCGCUUUUCUCGAUUCCAACCAAAAAAGAUGGGUCGACGUAAUAGUCAAUUCCGGUUCCGGCUCUUUCGGGAAACCAGAUUCCGCCAAUUGGAUCGAUUUUUUCGGUCUUUUACGCCGCCGGGACAUAACCUUAGAUAACAUGCAUUCAAGAACCACCAAUAAAGAUUCUUGGUGCCCGUCGCGGGUCAAAACCGGUCCCGGUGUCUCACCCAUGGAUACCGCGGUCACCUCGAUUAUACGGUCAUUGGGUCAAGACCCGGGUCGGAAAGAACUCACGGGAACCCCAACCCGGUUUGUAAAAUGGCUAUCUAACUUUAAAGAUUCAAAAUUGGAGAUGAAAAUUAACGGGCUUGGUUUCGGCCCGUUGACAACCACAAGCCCAACGAAUUGCAAGAUUAGAUCGGAGUUGAACUUAUCACUAUGGUCGCUUUGUGAGCACCAUUUACUUCCGUUUUACGGGUCGGUUCAUAUUGGGUAUGUAUCGAGUGAAGAAGUGAGUCCGAUUUUGAAAUCUAUUCUACAAUCGGUUGUACAUUUUCAUGGUUUUAAGCUCCAAGUUCAAGAACGACUCACGAGGCAGAUUGCUGAGACUGUUUCUCGAUUGUUGGGUGGAAAUAUAAUUGUUGUAGUGGAAGCGAAUCAUACUUGUAUGAUCUCAAGAGGGAUUGAAAAGUUUGGUAGUAAUACGGGUACGAUUGCAGUGUUGGGUCGGUUUUCGCAUGACCCGGCUGCAAGAGCGGAGUUUUUAGAAUUGAUUCCAGAAUCGUUGUAG